AAAAAAUAAAUUUGAAAAGUCGGUUGGAUUUAUGGCUGUGUGUAAACAAAUUGGUUAUUUUUCGUGUUUUUCUAUUUCAAGAAAAGUGAAAAUGUUAGCAUUGUAUCUGCUAAACGCUUCAAUAAUAGCGAACUAAUGAUAUUUAGAUUUUAUUAAUUUCAAAGGUUCAUGCAAAAUGAGUGACAAUAUCAAAGUAGUUGUCAAAGUUAGACCUCUAAUUCCUCGUGAAUUAGAAGAGAAACUUUCUUAUCAAUGGCGCGUAAAGAAUAACACCUUAUACCAGCUGGAUCAGAACGGUCGGGACUUUGGAUCGUGUUUUACAUUCGAUCAAGUUUAUGACACAGAAACCAAAACUAGUGAUAUUUACAAUGACAUUGCGAAGCCCAUUGUGGAAGCAGCAACAGCUGGCUUCAAUGGCACUAUAUUCGCAUAUGGACAGACCUCCUCAGGCAAAACUUAUACCAUGACAGGCACAGAAGACUCCCCAGGCAUCAUACCGCUUGCUGUGUUUAAUUUGUUUGAAAUCAUCAAGAAUAUACCCGACAGAGAUUUCCUCGUGAGAGUGUCAUACAUAGAAAUCUACAACGAAACAGUGAAAGACCUGCUGAAUGACAAGAAGAAUGUCAAGGUACAUGAAACUCUGCAAGGUGUCAAAGUGGACUGCACAGAACAAGUUACCACCUCCCCGGAAGAAGUGCUGAAAUAUUUAAAAGAGGGUGAGGCGAACAGGCAGACAGGUGCAACUAAUAUGAAUGAAGAAAGCAGUAGAUCUCAUUCAAUAUUUCAAAUUACCAUAGAGUCCCGUGAACACAUAGAGGGAGAAGCGGAAGUGGGAUGUGUCAACGUGUCCCAACUCAACCUGGUAGAUCUGGCCGGCUCAGAGAGAGCAGGUCAAACUGGUGCCACCGGCAUAAGGUUCAGAGAAGGCACCCACAUCAAUAAAUCUCUAUCCACACUUGCACUAGUCAUAAAACAACUGUCGGAAGAUCAGAACAAGCACGUCAACUACCGCGACAGCAAAUUGACGCGUAUACUCCAGAAUUCGUUAGGUGGAAAUGCCAAAACAAGUAUUAUUUGCGCCAUCACACCUGCAGCGGUUGAGGAAACCAUCUCCACGCUCCAGUUUGCAAAUAGGGCCAAAGCAAUUAAAAACAAACCAGAAGUAAACGCUGUUGCCACAGAUGCGACUAUGAUACAGAGCUUGACGAAACAACUAUCAAAGCUACAGUCUCAGCUGGAAUCCAAGAAGAACUUGGAAGUUAUGCUCGAAAGCAAGAAAAAUGUGGAGUUCAAUUUGCAAAAGCAAAUAGCGGCCUUACAGCGGUUGAUAUUGAACGGGUUCGGACAACGGAGCUCAAUGGAUAUGAUGGCAGGCAGUCGCCGAAAACUGGUCCCGCCGCGCAGAAUCACUAUAUCCACUUUGCAUCCUAUAGAGGAGAACCCUGUGCCCUCAGUGCCAAAGUUUCACACUCCACUUCUGAAGUACAACCCCAUGGUGAUUCCCGGCGCUCCCACAACGGAUUUUGUGCCGAUCCAGAAUGCUAGUAAAGGGAACAGUUUGUCUUGUUUGCCGGAAGAGAGUGAAAACAGGCUGAUAACUCCGCCCCCAUACAAUAAGAAAGUCAACUUCAAUGAUGAAAUCAUUGAACUUGAUAGUGAUGAUGACAACAGCGCUCUUGACAUCCAAACCUGUUCUCCUUAUCACAAAUGUUAUGGUUCAUCCAAAACUCCUCCGUGUGUUUUAAGAAAGAAUGCCAAACAGGCUGAAAAGAAUUUAAAAGAUAUCGUAGAGCUUACUGAGAGGGAGAAAAUUUACACACCAAGUGUGAUUGAACUGAUAGAAAAGUUAGAACAAAACAAUACUGUGAUAACUAGGUUACAAGAUGAAGUUCAAAUACUCAAUAUGAAAAGCAAAGAAAAGGAUAUGGAAAUUGACUCAUUAAAAGUUAAAGUAAGCAAAUCGAAUGACGAAAUAAGGAAUGUGGAGACUGCAAAGGCUGAAUUAGAAGCGCUCUGUAAAGAAUACACUACCAAAUUAACUGACUGGGAAGUCAGCUUCGAUACUCUAAAGUCUAAAUCCAAACGCAGAGAAGAUGAGUUAUUAUCUCUUCUAGAUGAACAAAAGGUCUACAAAAAGCAAGAUGACAAUAGUAAAUUGUUGACUCGUAAUCUUGAAAAAGAACUCAACUUCAUGGAUAUGUCAAAAGAUAUCUCACUAGUCAACAGUGAUAAUGAAAGUAGUGUCACCAAUUUAACUACAAAUGACGACGAAACUACCUCCCAAGUUCAAGACCUCGUAAAGGACAUGCAAAACCAAAUACAAUCCAAGAACCAAUCAGUUUUAGAGUUAGAGGCUGAUCUUUUAUCUCAAAAACAGAGGAUUCUAUCCCUAGAAAAUACCACUCGGGAAUCUCAAAAAAGUAUUGAAGAAUUAAAGGAACUUAUUCACGCUUUAGAAAAUGAAAGAGAUUUACUAACAUCUACGGUACAUACUCUAAAUUCAACAAUCAAAAGUCAAAAAGCUACAAUAGAGUCUGCUAACAACGACAUAGAAUCAUAUAAUAGCUUAAUACAAGAACUACAAAUUAAAUUAACUAAUAAAGAUAAAAUACUAGAUAUAAAUAUUACUGAAAAUUAUUUAGAAAAAAUGAUUGCCAAUGAAGAAAAGUUUAUUGCUAACAAUGAUAAUAUGAAGAAUAUUAUUCAUUCAUUUAAAAUAGCUUUAGUUUCCCGAAAUAAAGAGAUUGAAUCACUAAAAUCAGCAUUUGCAAAGCAUUCAACGUUAACGGAGAAUGAAAGUAAAUUGCAAGAACAAUUGAAGCUAAAAGAAACUGAAAUAGAAAAAUUAAAUUCAAACGCAUUUUAUUUACAAGAUCAAAUCGAUAAAAAUAUAGCAACUAUCGAUAAUCUUAUGAAAGAAAAGACUAACUUAACAGUUAUUGAACAACAGCUUACUAGCAAAUUAUCUGAUAUUACUGAACAAAAUAGCUUAUUAGAAAAACUAUGCAAUGAAAGAACAAAGUGUGUGGAUGGAUUGAAAGCAAGUCAUGACGAAAUGUUAGCAACUUUGACUACAAAAGAUUCAAUUGAAAAGGAACUCCAACAAAAACAUGAAGACUUAGACAAACAAAUAGGAGAAUUAAACUUAAAAGUUGUUGAAUUAAAAAAAGAGAUAGAACAAAAAGAUAAUCUUAUUGCCACUUUGAAAACAUCUGAUCUGCAGUCACAAGAAUAUCUUACUCAGGCUAACUCAAUAAUGCCGGUUUUAGAAAAUAUUUUGAGAAAAUUCUCUACCACUAGUUCUGUAGAAUUAUGUAGUGAAAUGGAUAAUGUACCCGGAGUUUUCACUUCACUCAAAGAUCACUUAACUGCCUUAGACACCACCGUCACCGAAUUUAUGUCACAAAAAGAAUUAGAAUUAGGGUUAAACAUUGAAUCAAAUAAUAAUCUUAAGACAACGAAUAUUACACUUGAAAAGGAAGUUGGAGAGCUGAAAGAUAAAGUUGAAACUUUGGAAAAAGAUAAUCGGAAUCUGAAACAACUACAAGAGGAUUUGUCAAAACAAAUAAUCACUCAGACCAAUGAACGUGAUAAAAUUAAUGAGGAGCUACAAAAGAAAAAGGAAGAAAUUACUGAAUUAGAAACCAAUUUGAAUAGUUAUGACGACAAUAAUGAAAGCUUACGCAAAGACAUAUUAGCCAAAGAACACAUUAUAGCAUCUUUGACUGACAAAGUACAGUCCACCCAAUCAGAAUUAGAUGUUUUGAAACGAGAAGCAGACGAACAGUAUAACGAAUUUAAACAACAAAUAGAAGAUCUACGUAACACCAUUGAAUCUAAAGAUGUGUCGUCAGAUACUGCACUGCAAGAAAAAGAUACUAUGAUUGUUGACCUUCAAGAGGCAAUAAAGAAAGCAGAGAAAUGUCUUGAAGAGAAAUCCUCGGAUCUGGAACGGCUUCAUUCAAGGCUGAAUGAAGAGAUUGAUGAAAGAAAUAAUCAACUACAAACUAUAUUCGAACUUGCAUCCAUUGCUACAGCUUCUGUGAAUAUUGAAUUUGAAAAUAAUAAUCACAGCACAUACGAUAAAAUCCUUCUGGUCCUUAAUAAAUUAGGAAAUCAUACAAUACAGAUACAUGAAAAUAACCAAAAUGCCACUGACAUAUUAGAAACCAACGAAAACUUGAGAUUACAGAUAAAAAGGAUUCAAGAAGAAAAUAAAGUAUUAAAUGACGAUAUGUUCAAAAGUAAUGAAAUUAUCAGCUCUUUGAGGAAGGAAUUGAAUGAAAAAGCAAAUGAAAUCGAAAACAUGGUAGCCAAGGCACAGGAGCUGAAAGAUAAUUUCACCGAUCUUGAUCUAAUAAUGAAAGAACAACUUAAAAGUUUGCAAGCUGAUAAGGACCAUCUAGAAGCAAGAUGUUCGGAAUUAGAGCUUAAUUUAAAUGAUAGAAAAAGUUCCAUUGAAAUACAAAACAUCGAUGAUAAUGAAGUGUUUAGUGCUAAUCAUCCAAGGAAAUCGUUGAGUACCACAACUCACACAAUAGAAACAGUUGGUCCGCCAAGUCUCUUGACAAUUUGUUGUAACAAAAUUGUGGAGUACAUACAACCCAACGAAGACUCAGUUUCUCCUUCCGAUUCAAACACAAGCAUUGAAUAUCAGCAUAAAGAAACACAAUUUGUUAGUUGUGAGUGUCCUUCAUUAUUGCCAGAGUUAAAAUCAGCGCAAAUAGAAAGUGUAAGACUGCAAAAGAUGGUCGAGCAACUGGAAGCAGUAAAUCGGCAACUUAUAUCAGAACAUGAAGCAGUGCGUCGCGAAAUACAGCUUCUAGCAGAACCAGCUUAUGAACUGCAGAAGAAAAUAGCCAGUCACAAAACUAAUCUGUCGACUUUAACAGCUACUACUUAUGCUGAAAACAAAUCGCUCAGAUCUCAAGUAAAAGUCCUGCAGCACCAUCAUAGCCGUUUUCACAAUGUCUGUCAAAAAGAUUUACCAGUUGUAAAGAAACAACUUUUUGAAUUGCUGACAAUUCUAAAAGGUGAUCCACACUUCGAUAGGCUAAAUGCCAGUUUCAAGAGAUAUUCCUUACCAAUUAUUUUAGAUAAUAAUGGUACUUUGCAAAAUGCUAAAAAUGAAUCUACUUUAGAUGGCGAUCUUCUAAUGUUAGACACCAACUUAACCCUGACGACUUCAGCCGAUAACACGUUGAUGGAUCAGACAUGCUUAGACAUGACACAAGCUUAUGCAAACCACGAUUUUGGUUGCCAAACCGAUGACUUGGAGCAUUUGGACAGUACAAAUCGAUCUCAAGUCGAAUCGUUGACAAAAGAUAAUAUCGAAAUUAUGAAAAAGAUGGAGGCUUUAGAAAUGGUAAAUAAAGAUCUACAGAAACAAAUAAAUGAUUAUUCGUUGAAGAAAGCUGGCGCAAAAGAUGCUCACAGCAGUCCUAUAAAGGCAAAAGAUACAUCCAUCGACGAAUGUUUAUUUAAAUGUGAGGAGUGUGAGAGCCUCAAAGAAAAACACCAUUCAUUAGAGGAGGAAUUUAAAUUACUUGCUCAAAAACUUCGCGAUGUCGACGCGCAAAGAUCGGAUUUUGAAAAUAAGUACAAAAAUCUUUCAUUAGAAAUUCCAUCUACUGAUGCUCUUGUUAAAAAAUUAAACAUCUUUGAGAAAGAGUUGAGCGGUAAUAUUAAAGAAAUAACAAGGCUGAAAAACUUGGUAACCAGCAAAAAUGAAGAGCUAAAACUUCUUCAACAAGAAAACGAUGCUUUAUCCAACCAGUUGAUGGAAAAUAUUUCGGAAACAGAUGAUUUAAAUAAAGAGCUAGAUAACAUUAAAGACGAAAAUGCAAAGUUGGUUGAGAAAUGUAAAGAUUUAGAAAAAAUACAUAAUGAACCUAAGACAGAUGAUAACGAAAAAUUAGAUUGUUCACAGUGUCAAAUAAAAGAUGUCGUUAUAAGUACGUUAAAAAAGUUUGAGAUACAUUCAAAAUUGAAUAGAAGUCUCAGUGACUCGGAUACUUCAUCUAGGUACAAUAAGAUUUGCACCCUUCAACAUGAGUUACACGCAGGAAGAGAAGAUUGCAAAGAACUAACUGAAGAAGUCGCCACCAUAAAGAAUCACUUAGAACGCAGUAAUUUAACUGUAGAACAAAAUAUGGAUUUAGAUGAAAGCAUGGGUGAAUCAAAUAUUUUCACAAUUACCAAACAUUUCGAUACAGUUGAGACUCAAUUAAAUAGAAUUACGAUGCCGAACGUUCCGUCAGAACGACAGCCGGAUAUCUAUUCUUCUGAAAAGUUAGACUGUAUAACUUUUUAUGUUGAAAAAACUGGAGCUGAUAAAGAAAACCUAGAUGGCAACGUAAAGAUCAUAGAUGUCAUGAAAUUAUUCUACAACGACUUUGUUUUAAAACAUAAUAACGAAGUUGAAAACUUAGUAAAUAAAAUAAAAUGCUUUGAAGAAUCCAAAAAACAAUUAGAGGGCCACGUGAACAAGCUGUCCACUGAAUAUUCUAAGCUAACGACAAAGUUAGAGGAGAAAGAAAAUAACAUUAAAACAGUCACCAAUUCUUUGUCACAGAUUAGACAAAAUAUAACUUUGAUACAAGAAGAAAUAAUGAACCUUAGUCAUUCCAAUAAUAAUACUAAAGCAAUUGCCAUGUUCAAAGAAAAGUUAUUAAAUAUCAUUGAUAAAGAAUUUGAGUUAUCGGCUGAAGGCGUUUUUGACAUGGUUAUGGAUAGUCUAGUUAGUAAACAUGAAAAUGCUUUAACAAGUAUUACGAAUCAAUACUCUAAAUUGCAAGAACACAUGGAAAGUGUAACUGAAGAACUAAAUUCCGUUAAGAACAAUUUACUAGAGAUGAAGAGUCAGCUAACUGAAAGGGAAAAUCAAUAUAAUUUACUGAAGGCACAGAAGGAAAAGAUUCAUGAAAUAAGCAAUGCAGUAACAUUAGACCUAGUACGAAAGGAGCAAGAACUUUGCCAGACUAUAGUGAGUGGCUGCAAAAAACUAGUUGAACACAACGUCCUCUGCUCCAGUGACUUCGACAAUACCUUACCGAUUCAUCAAAAUAUAAAUACGCUAUUCGAUCGCUUAUUGACAGAAUUAAAAAAUCAAACUGAUACUGAAAAAGAAAAACUCACCUUAGAAAUUAAGACAUCUAAAGCAGAAAUAGAAGAACAGCAAAAGGAUCUACAAACUUUGAAGCUUGAAAACGACAAAUUAAAAGAAGAAUUCCAAUUGGCUCUAUCUAAUGUAAAUGAUAAAGAUAAUAAAUUGGAGGUUCAUACAUCAGUCAUUGAAGAGCUAAAUAAAAGGUACCAAAGUGUAGUAGAAGAAAACAGCUCUCAUCUAAACACAAUUAAUGUGAUAAGUCAAGAAAUCAAAACAUUAAAAGAAACAUUACUUGAAAAAGAAACUGCAUUGCAAAAUGCUAUGAGCAAUACAAGCGAAAAAUCUGAAAAUGAGUUGACCGAACUUUACAAUACACUGGCACGUUACAAACAAGAGAUUGACCAUUUGAAAUCAGUCAACGAAAUGAUUUUAAAAGAAAAGGAGCUAGCAGCGUUAGAGUUAGAGAAAUCUAGAGAACUUUUGAAAUCAAACAAAUUGGAGCUGGAUAAAAUGACAUCAGACCUACUAGUGUUGCGUGAAUCUGUGAAAGAUAAUGUAACCGUCAUCGACAAUUUGAAGCAGGAAGCGAAAUCAUUGUUGCAACAAAAUAUACAAUUGAAGGAACAAUUCGAAGCGAAAUGUCAGGAUUGUUCCAGGUUGGAAAUGAAUAUCAAGACUCACGAAAAGACGGCUGAAAUACAGAGCAAAAUGAUCAUUAGACUUCAAAAACAAAAAGAAGAUGUAGACAAAGCUCUCAUAGAAAAGAACAAACAUUUGGAAGAACUCACCCAAAAAUGUUCAGAUUUAACGAAAGACUGUGAAGUUAUGAAAAAUAAUAUUAAGACAUCUAGAGAAGAAUUGGAUACAAUGAAGAGCGCAAAAGAAGCUUUGGAGAUGCGAAUUUCGGAGAUGGAAAUGGAUUUGGAGAAUGGUCACAAGCCCCGCCUCUCGAUGGAAGCGACUGCCGACACUGUGCGCAGGCGCCGCCAAAGCAUUCACGAUUCUAAGCGAAUGUUCUCUGAAAAGGAUCACGGAGAUCAUAACAAAAUGGAUGCUGUCUUUGAAUCCCGAUCCAAACCAGCAGACCUCUUCAUGGACGUAGAUGAUGACGACAGUUCCAAUGGAAGCACGCCCCGUAGAAACAGCAAAGGAAGAGACAGUGUAUCCAAACAUGAUCAGAGCGAAGAACCUGUGUCGCGACCGAGCAGUGUGGCCGAAACGCGUCGCAGGCGGCAGAGCAUCCACGAUCUACACCGGAGCGUGCGACAAACACCUUCACCGCACGAACGAUACACAAGCAGAUUUGCUGAAAUAAACAAUAUGAAAACUACUGAUGACGAAAACAAUUAUGUGCCCAGCAAUGAAGUAUCAGAACUACGCGAGCGUUUGACCUCGUGCCAACAAGAGUUAGAAGAAUUGAGGGAACAGUAUCGCGAGUUGGACGAAGAGUGCGAGACGUGCGCGCAGUACUUGCGGGAAAGAGACGACCAGUGCGCGCGGCUGAAGAAAGAGAAGGCUGCAUUGGAGGGACUGGUUUCGGAGCUGAAAGAAAAACUACAGUCUAUAAAUCCAAACCGAAGUCAACAAGAGCCGAAAACCACGUUCUGUCACGCUGCUGUUAACACUGAUGAAGACUGGUCAAACCUUCACUCGGUAGUGGUAGAUCGAAUGUCAUUCGACGCGGAGGUGGACAAAAAUAAGCGCUUGACCAAGACCAUAGAAGAUCUGCGAUUCAAGAAGCAAGACCUGAAACUUACGAUCGCAAAGAUGCAGAAGGCGUUGGAAAAGCAUGCCAAUAAAGACCAUAGUAAAGAGUUAGAACACACUAAAGCAGAAUUGAAAGCGUGCAAGCAAGAACUGAAGGAGCUGAAAGAGAGGUACAAAGAGCUCGAUGAAGAGUGCGAGACGUGCUCCCAGUAUCUGCGAGAGCGAGACGAACAGUGCCGCAAACUCAAAGAGGCGAAGGCCGCUUUAGAGGCCAAGUUGGCGGAGUACACCGAAGAGUCGGGCAACAUCUCUCUCCUGCGCAAGAAGCGACACAGCGCACACGACCAGCGCCGUCCCGCGGCGAGUCUCGCCGACGCCGACACGCAGAUCGCUGACGAUUUCCUAAAUAAUCAAGUUGAGCGAGAUGAUAAUUCAAGGCAGACAAAUGACGACAAGUCCAAAGAACUGAAGCAUUUGAAAAUGGCGGUAGAGCGACUGUCGCAGCAGAAGGCAGCCUUGGAGCAGCAACUGGCUACCGCCGCCGCCUCCGCGCCCGUCUAUGUUGCUACGGGCAGCGCUAUUGUGCAGACUCAGCAGUUAUCUGACGUCAUGAAAGAAAACCAGAAACUGAAGAAGAUAAAUACAAAAUUGAUUGACAUCUGCAAGAAGAGAGGCAAGAAAACCGACUUCGUCAAUGAAGACUAAUACGAGUAUUGCGGCACUAGCAGCCAUUGAUUGAUACCUCCUGACAAAAUACGUAUUGGUCAUAAAUGAUUAGAAUCACUUCAACAGCUGGAUUUGUUGAUUAAAUUAUUGUGAUUUUAAAAAUUAUUCAAAUUGAUUGAUGAUCAUGACACGAAUGUUAGACUGCAUGGAACGACAUUCCACCAGCAUUUUACAACGAUAUUAUUAUUUACAUAUUAGAAGAAUGUUUGGCCGGUUGUGAGAAUCUGUGCCAUUGCAUACGCAUGUGUGUGAUUUGCCAAUAAAUUGUUAUGCCCCGUGAAUAAGGUACAAUAAUAUAGUAUUAUUAGAUUAGACUGUACUUAAUCUUCUGUGGUGCCUAAAACUUAAUCUAAUCUAUAUUUUUAUAGCAAUGUAAAAUUUUAGUAUUUAUAUUUUAUGCCCUUGUAUAUAAAUUAUUAUAUUUAUGCAGUAAUAAAUACAAAUUAAUAAUAUUCAUAAAUAUUGCACAAUAUGAUUGUCACAUAAUGUUGCUUUGUUUAAAGUAGUACUAGAUAUGUGAUUGCAUAAAAUAACCUGUUGACAAAUGCACAAAACUAAUUUUAAUACUAAAUCAGCACUGAAGAUUCUAAUUAAUUGUAUUUCUCUAAAAAAAACUUAAAUAUGAUACGUAUACUAAUAAAUGAUGUGAUUUGA